AGGAAGAGAGAGAAGGAGACUUGGGUAGGGGGAGAACAGUCAUUCAGAUUCUGCUGCGCUUGAAACGCAAGCCACCUUCCUCGCAGUUUUGCGUCGCAAUAACUUCUUACUAACUGACUGAAAUCAAAACGUUUUCUCGACAAAACUGUAACCCAUUUCAACGUCUGAAAAAUAACGGCAGGCUCAUGGAUGCGUCUGGAAGUGUCUUAUCGCAUUUACAAGAAUGAUAAAGGGAAUAGCAGCUGCUUUUGGACAUAUUUGAAGGGAAUAUAAGUGCUAUCAAUCAGGGGACUAAUAAUAUAGAUGUUGAAGUGACGGUUUGAGAUACCGUCUCACAUCCCGCUGUAGCCUAACUAUGGGUCGAUAGUAUGGACUUAUCCGAUUCUGGAGAGGAAGAGUGCGUCACGGCUGAUAGGAAUUUACUUCCACACUAUUGGUGUGGAAUAAAAGUUCAUUGACAAACGGGAGGAUUCUGCCGCAUCACUUUUUUGUUGUUUCUUACGAAGGCAUGGCGGGUCCAGUUCUGUUUCUUGUGCUGUGGGUCUUGACAUGGUCCGGGGCGGUUCGGUGUGCUUCGUACCCGCAGCGGUAUAAUCUCUAUUCGGGACAGACCCAGGCGCAGCCACAGAACGGCGCCCGGGCAGCGAGCAGACACAGAAACUGGUGUGCGUAUGUGGUGACAAAGACAGUGAGCUGUGUGGUGGAGGAUGGAGUGGAGACCUACGUCAAGCCUGACUACCACCCCUGCUCCUGGGGCACGCAAUGCUCUCGCAUGGUGACGUAUCGAACAUAUAUGAAGCCGCGGUACAAGGUGGCCUACAAGAUGGUGACAGACAUGGAGUGGAAAUGUUGCCAUGGUUACACUGGGGACGAAUGUAGCGAGGGGCCGAGCGGAGGGUCUGGGACCCAGAUUGGUACAGCCAGACCCCGGACGAAACCAUCCCGACCGGGACAGACUGGAACCGGCACAGGUCACGGAGGACAGAAUGGGGGAGACGGGCGAGGAGACGGUGACAAGAUGCGGCAGCUGGAGGACAAGAUCCAGAGCCUGACCAAGGACCUCCAUGACCUGCAGUCCACCCUGAGGGGCAUGAAUGAACGCUUCCAGGAGGAAAUGCACAAACCGGGUUUCACCGGUGGAGGCACCAAGACCCCGGCGGACUCAGCCCAGCCCGAGAUGAAAGAGACCAUCCACAGCAUCCAGACCAAACUGGACCAGCUGGACAACCGGACCCAGGCCCACGACAAGACCCUGGUCAGCAUCAAUAACCACCUGCUCAAUGGGAAUGCUGGAAGUGGGAAUGAUCUCGGGGGUGGCGCUGGUGGCUCCUCUGGAGGCACCGGUGCGUUUAGUGGCAGGACGCUCAGCACGCUGAAAGAAGAGAUCCUGAGAGAGCUGGAGAGGAGGGUGUCGCUGUCCUGCUCCUCCUGCCAGUCUGGGGUGGAGGACCUGCGAAUGCAGCAGCAGGAGAUCAGGGAGAGGAUCCAGGUGCUGGAAAAGCAGCUGAACACAGUGGACGGACGCUACCGCCAGAGCCUGGACGGCCUACACCGGGAGGUCACACGCUCCCAGGGCUGCUGCAACACUGUCACCGACCUCAAGAACAGGGUCACAGAUGCAGAGAGAAAGAUCAGCUCUGUGUCGGAGAACUACAAUGUCAUCCAGAACCGCCUGGAUAAGGAGUUUGGAAGUGGUGGUGGUAGUCAUGGCGGCGGAGGUUUCGGAGGAGGUGGCUUUGGACCCGGUGGUGGUGGCUUUGGACCCAAUGCUGGCAGCGGGUUACCCAAGGUUAUAGAUGACAGGCUGGAUAGCCGUCUGAAGGACCUGGAGAGGCGGGUGAACAGAACAGUGCAGCACACAGAAGAGAGCUGCACCUUAACAGAGAACGACUUGAAGGACUACUUCCACCGUGAGCUCGGUGACCUCCGAACCGUGUUCCUGGACCGCUUCGAUGCCCAGGGCUACCGCAUCGAAGACAUAGAGCUGGACGUGGGCAUCUUAAAGGACAGAGUGUCGGACCACGACAAGAAGCUGACCCGCCUGGAGAACUCUACGGCACUCCUAGACAAGAGUCUGACUGACUGUGGCUGUGGAGGAUUAGGAGGAAGAGCUGGAGGAGUGGUAGAAGGUGGAAGAGGAGAUGGAGGAGGAAGAGGAGGAAGUGGAGGAACAGGGGGAACAGGAGGGAGAGGAGAUGGACGAGGAUGGGGAGGAGCUGGAGGAGGAGUAGGGGGAGGAGGAAAAGGAGAUGGAGGAGGAAAUAAAGGAACUGGAGAAAGAUGGGGAGGAGCAGGGGGAGCAGAGGAAACCGGAACUGGAGGAGGUGGAGAUGGAGGAACAGGGGGAACCGGAGAUCGAUGGGGUGGAGCUGGAGGACACAGAGGAAAUGAUUACAACGGAGACUCUGUGAAGUCUAUCACGUGGAGGGUGGUGGCUAACGAGGACGAGAUCCGCCGCUUCGACACACGUAUCAAGGACCUGUCCGUCUCAGGCGACUCACUAAUGGACAAGGUGGUGGACCUCAGCCACGACAUCCGUAAAAUCAAAGCCCUGACCGGAGACAACGGCGAGCACUUCAACCGCAUUGUCACAGAGAUCGAGACACUAGGUCGUUGCGUGGACGACUGCGACAUUUGCGGAAGAGUGGAAGACGAGUUGAAGAAGCUGCAGAACCACACGCAGUACACUCUGAACCGCUGGGAGAAGGACAUCAACGCCAUCCGGACACGGGUGGACUCAGACCAGAGCUCCUGUUCGCAGGUGUGCUCCACCCUGCAGGAGGAGGUGGGAAAACUCCAGGAGGAUGUGGAGAAGUGUAGUGGCCAGUGUAAGAUCCGUCUUGUGACCCCAACAACAGGAGGCGGCACUGGAGGAGGCCUGGAUGACCCCCAGAAGCCCCUGGAUGGCCACAGUGUGAUUGGAGGAACGUCUAACAACGGCCACCUCAAGUCCCUGCAGGGCGAGCUGUCUGAGGUCAUCCUGACCUUCAGCUCCAUUAACGACACACUGAGGGGCCUGGAGCACACAGUGCAGAAACACGGCAGCAUCAUCACCGACCUUGGCAACACAAAGAACAAGAUCAUCUCGGAGCUGGACAAGAUCCAGCAAGACGUGACCGAGCACAUUGAGGAGAGUCGCAACCACCUCGACCAGGUGGAUCGUGAUGUGCGCCGUUUUGAGAACACCCUGGUGGUGGAGAUGGGUGACUGCAAGCGCUCUGGUGACGGCCUGGAGAAGAGGCUGUCCAAGAUGGAGGGUGUGUGUGGACAGCUGGACGGCAUCUCGGUCUCGCUCCAGAAGAUCAAGGAGGGCCUGAACAAGCAUGUGUCGGGCCUGUGGAACUGUGUGAACGGCCUGAACGCCACGGUCAUCUCCCACGGAGGGGUCAUAGAGAACAUCCAGACCACUCAGCUGGACGGGAUCCACGGGAAAAUCAAGAACCUCAAUUCGUCCAUCAGCCACAUCCUCAAGGAGUUCCAGAACCUCUCGGAACAGGACCUGACCGGCCUUCCUGGUCCUCCAGGUCCCUCUGGGGAAAGAGGGUUCCCAGGGUUUCCCGGUCCCAAGGGGUCUCAAGGUAGGGACGGACCUGUGGGCAGGCAGGGAGAGAACGGGCCCAGAGGACCACCAGGUCUCAAAGGUGAACAAGGUAUGCCAGGUGCCGAUGCCAACGUGCCCAAGCUCUCCUUCUCUGCAGCUCUCACCUACCCCGUGCUCAACGCUGGCACCAUCGUCUUCGACAAGAUCUUUGUCAAUGAGGGAGAGUUCUAUGACCCGCGGACAGGCAUCUUCACAGCGCCCAUUGAUGGACGCUACUUCUUCAGCGCCAUCCUGACGGGCCACAAGAACGAGAAGAUCGAGGCGGUGCUGUCCAAGUCCAACUACGGUAUGGCCCGGGUAGACUCCGGGGGAUACCAGCCAGAGGGCCUGGAGAACAAGCCAGUGGCUGAGGCCAAGAUCAACCCCGGCUCCCUGGCCGUGUUCAACAUCAUCCUUCCCCUCCAGGUUGGAGACACAGUCUGCAUUGACCUCGUCAUGGGCAAGCUGGCCCACUCCGUAGAGCCUCUCACCAUUUUCAAUGGAAUGCUGCUGUACGAACAGAUGUGAGCCAAUGGGACAGCAUUCCCUAGGCUCUCAAGCUGGAACACGAGAGAGGGAGAGGAAGGGAGGGAGGGAAGAGGAAAGUGAGAAAGAAUAGAGGGGUUGGGGUUUGUCCUCUCUGGAGCCAUUUAGUCUCACAGUUUUAUUUGACAACUGCUUUUGAAAGCAAAAUGAUCGAUCCAGGGAAUGAGGUUAGAAUGACUUUAUAUCGACUCGUGAAACAUGGGAAUGAACGAGAACUAGGAGACGACGACAAUGACAGAAAAGUGUUGUGUUUUUUCCUCCGCGUGUCAUUCCUGGCCCUCUGAUGUUGUGAGACCUGAUGAACUGCUUGAAAAAAACAUAGGAUAUACUGUAGACUGCGCAGCAGCAGACUGAGAGAUGUUUAGCUUGCCCAGCAUUUGGAGUGUUUUCACAACGAAUUUGUACUACUGCAGGAUCUUUAUAUAGUUAUUGGAGUCUCCGUCUCCUUAUUACUCACUCCAGGCAUGGGGCUCGGAGUACAGUAGUCCUUCAUGCACCAAUACCGACCAUAAGGUCUCCUUGACAUCCCACAUACCCCUUUGCUGCAAAGUGUUUCCCUGCCAUGGAGCCAGACCCACAGUCAAGGUCUGAGGUUAACCUUAAGUAGUUAACCUUAAGAACCAGGAAUGAGAAAUUAAUUUCUUGAUUUUCUCUAGCUGUUUUCUAUUGAGAUGAAUUCACACAUUUUGUGAAUGUUUUUAUAUUACCGUGCACUUUUCUAUCUCCUUGUAUGUGUGUUCUGGUCUUUAUACCCUGUAAUGCAUUUGGCCCAGUGAAUCCAAAGUUUGCCUGUGUGGAUAUUAUUUUAAAGCUUCAGUACCUUAUACUGACGGGUUCCAAAGCGUUUUCUGUGCCGUCCGUCACUUACCUAAAACCUUCCAAAAUGUCUGUGAUACUCCAGAUGAAUGAAAGAAUGUUCCUAGCUCAAAGCCCAGCCUUAAGCCACAACCAAGUAGGAAUUUACCUCAACCAGAGGGAAACGCUGCCUUACACCACAGUACAGUAGGACCAAAUGGGCUAUAGCCCCUUUAUUACAUCAGUAGGGUUGCAAAAAUCUGCAACAUUUCCCCAAAUUCCCUGGUUUUCCAGAAAUCCUGGUUGGAGGAUACCAGAUGUCCUUCUUGUUCCCUCCUGAUUCCAGGAAUCAGGAAGUUUUUUUCAACAAAUGACAACACAUUUCACUUCAACCUUACACAUACCAGAUGCGAUGUAGCAGGCAACGAUAUCAGAACAGCAUCAGGACAUUAUUAACCAGUGCAUUAGGUUGGUAGGCUAUUGGAGCAUAUGUUUAUGUGUUCUUUACUUGGAAAUUCAGCUUACAGAUGAUCAAAUCAGACCUGGAUUCAAAUAAAAUAAAAAAUCUGUGUAUUUGA